AGUGACGUCACAUACACAUAGUUACAUACAGCGUGUGGCGCGUAUCCCUAGUCCAUGCAUAGAGCAAGGAACAGUCAGGAAUCUCUCUCUAAAUAUUACACGUUAGAAGAUUCAUUUGAUCGUAAUGGGUUUGCUGAGUAUUUUACGAGGUCUUAAGACUAAACAUGAAGAGGAGUUAAGGGUCCUUCUUCUCGGUCUGGACAAUGCUGGUAAGACCACCAUACUGAAGAAACUUGCCUCUGAAGACAUCAGUCACAUCAACCCAACUCAAGGCUUCAACGUCAAGAGCGUCAAGACUGGGAAUUGGCAACUAAACGUUUGGGACAUUGGGGGUCAGCAGAAGAUCCGACCAUAUUGGGCUAACUAUUUUGAGAACACAUCCAUUCUUAUCUAUGUCGUUGACAGCGCCGAUCAAGUACGACUGGAAGAGACUUCAUUGGAAUUGACCUCCUUACUGUCAGAGGAAAAGUUGGCUCAAGUACCUGUCUUGGUAUAUGCAAAUAAGCAAGACCUUGCCAUGGCACUUCCAGCCAGUGACAUAUCUAUGGCGAUGGACCUGACCAAGAUCAGAGACAGAGCAUGGCAGAUUCAAGCUUGUUCGGCAGUUACAGGAGAAGGUCUCAAGGAUGGCCUUGGUUGGGUCUUUUCAAACGUCGGAUCAUCAAAGAAAGGAUCAAAGAAAUAAUCCAGUAGAAAAAUGAAGCGUACUUUGUAACUCAUCAGUUUCUAGACAAUCUUGGUCCACUUCACCCAAUGCUUGUACUCAGGAGGUGGAGCCACUUUUGUCAACUUGAGCUCAGCACUUGGAGAUGUCUACUGGGUAAGUUGGAUUACACUGUGGGUGAAUGGUACCCAGUGUCAUUAUUGGAUUCAUAGUGAUUGCUGUCAGUCGUGGAACACUCACUUAUUUUCUAAUGUGAGUCACAGACGGGUUGGUAUGAUGGCAAUCAUCCUUUCCUUUGAAUCAAUCUGACAAAGAGUAUACAUGUAUCUGCUAAUUUUUAUUUUAUUUUUUUUUUCAUGAACUGAUUUUUUGCAAUCAAUGUUGUCGGUAUAUGCAGUCAUAUGGUACUUUAAAACAUCCGUCGUAUUCAAAACAGCCAUUUGUAAUUUCAGAAAGUGUGAAUAACGAACCCAAGUAUAUUGGGUAAAAUAAUUUGUUGAGAGGUGUUUUUAGGGGUAGCCAAUCGACGUGUGAGGUAACAAUAAAUGUUAAAGACAUUGGCUUUGAAAUUGAUGGUCUGAAAGGGAAGGUUGCUAAAAAAAAUCCCAGGCAAGAGAUCUGUCUCCCUGAUCGUACAAAAUACUAAGAUACCAAAGAGGGUUUACGUCUACUGUCGGAUGCUUGGACUUAGUCUAAAAGUCAGCUUACUGGAAUUGGCUUCAUUUCAAUCAGUGAAGCAAUCAUGGUUCAUGUAGUUCAUUCUGUGAAUUGACCUCUGUCCCUCAACUUAAGCCGUGUCAUUAUUUAUUCAUUAUGAUUGACUGUAUACGUCCAGUUUACUGCCAGCGUGCCAUAUUUCCCUUCAUUCCACCUUUAAAAAACAUGAGUCGUCUUGAGUAAAAUUUGUACAUCUAAAAAGUGGUGGAGAGUUCGAAUAAAAUUCCAGAACACUAAUUCAGAAAUAGCUUUUUUGAAUGACCAGGAUACCACAGCUUUCCAAACAUCUGUUUUGCACAUUUUAGUUUUCUGGUUAUCAUUUGUUAAUAUCCAAGUUGGUUGGUUAUUGUGCCUUUGAAGUACUGUGUUUUGGGUGUGUCACAGUUUGUGCUUGAUUGGUUGUGUUUGUUUGACAAGUAAAUAGCCACACCCUUGUAAAGAACUUGAUAUUUAUGCCUGCUGAACUUUGUAAAUUCUCUGCCAUGAGCCUAUUAGCACGGUAAGGGGGCACAAGAGGGCGCUGUUUGAUUUGGGUAAAAACUUUUGUGUGCUCCAAGUGACCUACUGUGUCUACCAUGCUUCACAAAGCUACAAAAACUUGACCAAUUCAGGUGUUAACCACUCACAAAUCUUUGCAAAUCCAACACUUGGCUCUGUGGGAUUUUCAUGGAUUUAAGAUGGCAGGGCUUGGAUAUUGGGGCACCAUUCCUCAACGUAGGGCUUGAUGAUGCCUAAAUUCUGUCAAAGUGAAUUGAAUAUUCCAUUUUGUUUGUUUGUUGGAUUUGACAAGAUUAGGAAUGGUUUUUAGUGAAGUGGUUAAGUUCUGGAUUCCCCCGAAGCGCAGUGGCUUGUUAUUCCUAAACAUUUCGGGAACAUUAAUUAAUUGACAGUGAGGAUGGGAUGUUUACGCAUUAGAAAUGUUUGAACAAAAAAAGUUCCAAAUCCAUCUACAGAUUUUCCCAAAUGUGUAGACGGAGUUGCCCAUUUUAGAGGUUUAACGUUUUGAUUGACGCAUUCUGGCGUUCAUUUUUAUUGUAAACGAUGCCUGUAAAAUGGAAUCUGAUUUUCACAACACUUUACUGCUCGGUCAUAUCAAAGGAAUACCAUGAAUUCAUCACCAGAACUUUAAUGCAAUUUGUUGUAUUUAAAGUUUUCAAUGACACCUUGGUAAGGCUAGGACGUUUACACAUUUAAACAGUGUGGAAAAGUUUUCUAAAUAGUUUUCAUACUCUGAAUUGACAGUAGGGCAGAAUUGUAACAGCGAAUCAAACUUCAUUUACGUGCACCAUUCACCUAGCAUUAAAAAGAAAAACAAAGAGCAACAGACUUUAUACUUAAUUAAGCCAGUAUUGCACUUAAAUCACAAUAGAAAGUAACAAUUUUGAAGAAUUCCAUCCACUAAGAUUUAAGCAUUUAUCAAACCUACUAUUGAGAUUAAGAAACUAACUUUUUUUAUAAUUUAA